AAAAGAGGAAACAAAAAGUGGAAGAUAGCGAAACGUCAAAUAUUUUUUAUUUACGCCAAAUUAUUUUAAAGUUUACAUCGACAGUCCAUUUGUUCACAAAAAAAUAAAAACAUUCUUUUAUUUCCCGCACAAUUUCAAAUGUCGAAUUCUUCAAAUAUAACUUCUAAUUCAACUGGCAUUCCUGAUCUAUCAUGGCAGCCACCUUUUAUAACCUUUGAAACAACAAUGGGACCAAUCAGUAUAGAAUUAUAUUGGAAACAUGCUCCAAAUACAUGCCGCAACAUUGCCGAGCUAACACGCCGUGGCUAUUACAACAAUACCGUCUUCCAUCGUAUUAUUAGAGAUUUUAUGAUUCAAGGAGGUGAUCCAACUGGCACAGGUCGUGGAGGCCAAUCUAUAUAUGGUCCACAAUUUGCUGAUGAAAUUUAUCCCGACUUAAAACAUACCGGUGCUGGUAUUUUAUCUAUGGCCAAUUCAGGACCCGAUACAAAUGGUUCUCAAUUUUUUAUAACUUUGGCGCCAACUCAAUGGUUAGAUGGAAAACAUGCAAUUUUCGGGCGGAUAAGCUCGGGUAUGCAAGUUGUAAAGAGAUUGGGAAUGGUGCAAACUGAUAAGAAUGAUCGACCUUUAGUUUCUUUGAAAAUUUUAAAAGGACGUGUAGAAAAUUGAGACUAAAAUUGAAAAUAAAACCACAUUUAUGUUUAGCUGUA